GAAGGUGCAGUUGUGUACAUUUUACGGUGUCACAUCCAAAGAUAAACGCUGUAAUGUGCUUACAAGUUCUUAAUUAUCGGUAUCUGCUGCAGCUCACUGUCCAGUCUUCUAUGGUGAGUUGCCAAUAAUGAAUAUCAAAGUGUGCGACGUUCUUGGACUUUCUGAGAUUCUUGAGGAAGUUUAUAUGCAUAGGACGACAACAUGCUGCACCUCACAGUAAGAUGUCAAAUAAAAGCCUUCACCUUUUACUUUUUAAUAACGUUAUUAGGUAACAUAAUGAAUGGUGGGAGUCUCUUCUCGGAGGACUUCUCCUUUUUCUCACUGAAGUGAUAUCUUUCUUGAUGAUGAUUUUCUUUGGCUCCAAACUUCAUAUUACUUUGAAUGGUGGACUUGUCCUCCUCAUCAUUGAUGUCAUCACCGCACUGAACAUGAAUUGUACAAGUCCACAGACUGCGUUAAUAAAUGAGGACACAUCACUGAACUGUUACAUUGAACAGCUGAAUGGAGAUGAGGUGCUUUCAGUUAUCUGGGAAAAGGGAACACAGGAGCUCAUUAAAUAUCCAAGGAGAUCCAUUAAAAAGGAAGGAACUGAAGAGGCAAAGUUUGCACUUGAGGAGAGUCGUAUUCAUCAUGGAGACAUCUCUCUGAUCAUCAAGAAUGUUGUUCAGUCAGAUGAAGGCAACUAUUGGUAUUCAUUUCAUACCAAGAGGGAGAGUCCCCAGGGAGCGGUGAAGCUUCUUGUUCUUGCACAAAUUAAAGUGAACUGUCAAAAUCCACAGACUGCCAAGAUCAACACAAACUUCACCCUCAGGUGCACAACCUUGGGUGUAAAUGGUGAUGAGCUGACCUUUGUUCACUGGUACAAAGAUAUGACUUUCCUGGCUUUGUAUCCUGACAAUGGAAACCACAAAAACAAUAAUUUGACUAGAUUUAAGCUAGACGAGAAUCGAAUCAAGCAAGGAGAUCUCUCCCUAGACAUCAAAGCGGUGGACAAGUCUGAUGAGGGCAACUAUCACUAUACAAUUUCAACAGGAAAAGUGAUACGUGAAGGAGAUGUGCUUCUGAAAGUAAAAAUGCCUUCUGAGAUGAAAUGCCCAAGUCCGCAGACAGCCUUCUUAAAUAUGAACACCUCAAUUAACUGCACAAUUGAGAACUUGAACAGCGAUAAGGUGACAUAUGUUUUCUGGACCAAAGAUGACUAUAUCCUGGCCAGCUAUCCAAGAAAAGAAAGCCCAACUUUGACAGAAACUGGAAAAUCCAGAUUUGCUCUUGAUCAAGAUCGUGUCAGUCAAGGAGAUGUCUCCCUUUACAUCAAUGAUGUACAAAAAGUAGAUGGUGGGCUGUACCGGUAUUCACUGGGAACAGAGAGCACACGUGAAGAAGGAGGGGUGAUAUUUGAAAUAUUUUUUCCAAAAGUCACAAGAGGCAGAACUUUGACAGUCUCUGUUGUGGUGAUCAUUUUGGCUUGUGUGGCCAUUGCUGCAUUUUUCUUUAGACGAAGAGGCACCACCAAAGAGUCUGCCAGAAACCCUGAGAAUCUUCAGCUAGAGGUCCGUGAAGCACAGGAUGAGGAACCUGCUCCCUUCUGAAGCAUGAAGUAGAUCUUGUGCCAUGUUAAGGAAUGAAUUGACCAAUGGGACAAUUCCAGGCCACUCUGAGUCAUGCAGUUGGGCCACAUGCCAUGCAACAGAGGAAGCAAGCAAACAAGUGAAUGAGAGAGAGAGAGAGACAUGAUGUGACAUACGCGGCCCCCCCUGCAUCCUCGGUGCACCUCUCCAAUCACAUGAGCCUCCUGUCCGCCACUGCCCUAACCUAACCAUCCAAAUAACAACACAAAUAAAGAAGCGCAAGAGAGGAACAGGAAACGGGAGAAAGGAAAAGGAUCAUAAGCAACAAGUGAAAGCUGAAGCCCUUUUGUAGGAACUCUCCAGAAUGAGACUAAAGUGACAGCUUGUAGAGGUUGACGUUUCAGUAUUUGCUUUAUUUUAGGUACUUCUGAUGGUGUGCAAACCAUGAACAUUUACGAAGCAUGCAAAUUAAAAGAAAUUUUAAAAUGGUUGUGAAGGGUAUGUUUCUGGCACUAAAUAAGAUAUUAUAGCAAUGGACUUGUAUUUGGUUUUAUGUGUGUUAGUGUUAGUUAGGCGCCGCCAUGAGUAGCGGCCUUUCCAGCAGCUCCGUGUACGACUAUCUUUCUAUCUUUUUUCUCUAUUUCACUGAUCACUCCUACCACUUUUAUGUGGACUCGUUUCCUGGACACUUUAUUACUUGGACAUGGAUUUUUACACACACAGACUCCUCUAUUCAGGUAGUCAACUUCUAGCACUGAGAACAAAGGCCUGUGCCGGUGUGGUUCCCUAUUUACCUGAAGAGGUAAGAAGGCCGUAUUGUGGUAGCAGAGCGGCACUAAGCUAAAGGCCAAGCGGCUAGCGAGAAAAUGGCGAUACAAGCCUUUGGUGCCUUCUGUGGUCCUGGGAAAUGUGAACUCACUACCAAAUAAGAUUGAACUGGCUGCACUGGUGAAAAAUGUCAGGACCUACAGAGAAUGCAGUUUGUUGUGUUUUUGUGACAUGUGGCUAACAACUAGCAUCCCAGAUGCUAACGUGGAGCCAACCCGGAUUUAGCACAGUUAAAGCGGACAGAGACACAAAUACCUGCGGGGAAGCAGACAGGAGGAGGACUCGCUCUCUAUGUGAACACAAGGUGGUGCAACCCUGGACAAGUAAAUGUCAAAAUCUCCACUUACUGCAGGGACCUCGAACUUUUGGCUGUAAGUCUGCGUCCCUAUUACUUGCCCAGAGAGUUUGGACACGUCAUUGUUUUUAUUGUUUACAUCCCUCCUCGGGCGGACAUGGAGAUAGCGGGUGACAUCAUCCAUUCCGCUACUGCUAAACUACAAACGCAGCACCCCCCGAGGCGCUUGUUCUAAAGGCGGUGAUCAGCAUGAGCUCAAGCGUAUGCAGAAGGAACUUGGGAGUCCAGCUCAGGGCAGCAAAGGAGCAGUACAGGAGAAAGUUGGAGCAAUAGUUGCCGAAUAACCGCAUGAAGGAAAUGUGGGAUGGGAUGAAUAUCAUCACUGGCUGCAGCUCAAAGCGGGGUGCCACCAUCGAGAGAGACAUGGAGAGAGCAAACCACAUGAACAACUUCUUUAACAGAUUUCUCCACAACAGCAGCAGCCCAGGUAAUCAGAGAGCUGAGGAGACUUUGUGCCAGCAAAGCAGUGGGUCCAGAUGGAGUAUCACCACGACUGCUAAAGGCCUGUGUGUUGGAGCUGGGGAGUCCUCCACAGCGCAACUUCAACCUGAGCCUGGAACAGGGGAGAGUCCUGAGGCUUGGGAAAACAUCUUGCAUCACCCCAGUCCUAAAGGUAUCACGUCCUGGUGAGCUGAAUGACUUUAGGCCUGUCGCCCUGACAUCACAUGUGAUGAAGACCAUGGAGCGGCUGCUGCCUUACCACCUGAGGCCACAGGUCUGCCAUGCCCUUGACCCUCUGCAGUUCACAAACCAGGAGAAGGUGGGAGCGGAGGAUGCCAUCAUCUACAUGCUACACCGAUCCCUCUCCCACUUGGACAGAGGUAGUGGUGCAGUAAGAAUUGUGUUUCUGGACUUCUCUAGCACCUUCAGCACCAUCCAACCUCUGCUCCUUAUGGACAAGUUGACAGAGAUGGGAGUUGAUUCACACCUGGUGGCAUGGAUCGUGGACUAUCUUACAGACAGACCUCAGUAUGUGCGUCUCAGGAACUGCAGGUCUGACAUUGUGGUCAGCAACAUAGGAGCGCUGCAGGGGACUGUGCUUUCUCCGGUCCUGUUCAGCCUAUAUACAUCGGACUUCCAAUACAAUUCGGAGUCCUGCCACGUGCAAAAGUUUGCUGAUGACACUGCUAUCGUGGGCUACAUCAGGAGUGGGCAGGGGCAGGAGGAGUAUAGGAACCUCAUCAAGGACUUUGUUAAAUGGUGUGACUCAAACCACCUACAACUGAACACCAGCAAAACCAAGGAGCUGGUGGUGGAUUUUAGGAGGCCCAGGCCCCUCACGGACCCCAUGAUCAUCAGAGGUGACUGUGUGCAGAGGGUGCAGACCUAUAAAUACCUGGGAGUGCAACUGGAUGAUAAAUUGAACUGAACUGCCAAUACUAAUGCUCUGUGCAAGAGAGGACCGAGCCGACUAUACUUCCUUAGAAGGCAGGCGUCCUUCAACAUCUGCAAUAAGAUGCUACAGAUGUUCUAUCGGACGGUUGUGGCGAGCGCCCUCUUCUACGCGGUGGUGUGCUGGGGAGGCAGCCUAAAGAAGAGGGACUCCUCAAGCCUUGACAAACUGGUGAGGAAGGCAGGCUCUAUUGUAGGCACGGAGCUGGACAGUUUGACAUCUGUGGUGGAGCGACGGGCGCUGAGCAGGCUCCUGUCAAUCAUGGAGAAUCCACUGCAUCCACUGAACAGUAUCAUCUCCAGACAGAGUAGCAGCUUCAGUGACAGACUGCUGUCACUGUCCUGCUCCACUGACAGACUGAGGAGAUUGUUCCUUCCCCACACUAUGCAACUCUUCAAUUCCACCCGGGGGAGAAGGGUCUACCUGCAGCCUGCAAAACCUAUGGUUCAGACACGGAAUGCCCUUCAUAUCACGGAAUGCCCCUAAUAUUAGUCAAGGAAUGCCCUCUGAUGUCCGUUUCGAUACGUCCAUCAUUGUUUUUGUCGGCGCUCGAAGGAAUGGUGGACUUUGAAUAAAUCUUUAUGAAAGCUUUUUGUGCAAAAAAGAACAAGACAGAGUUUGAGUUGGAAAUCAAGAUGACGAGACACAAGUAUGUUCAAGUCCACAGAGGAACCUACAGUUGUUUGGUGCUCAGGAGUUUGCUUGUCUAUUUUGCUAUAAAAGAUCAGAUUCUGUAGGCCUCAUCACCACUUACAAAGCCAUAAAAAGACAGUGGUGGUCCAUGGAGCCAAGACAGCCAUCUUCAGUUUCCACACGGGAAGAAGUACAUUCUGUGUACCAAAGGUAGUGCUUCCUAAUUAUCAGUUUAAAAGUUCUCUGAUACUCAUUUUAUAUAUUAGAACUUCACAAAAAAUCUUUGACCAACAGGUCACAAACCAGGCCUCCAGUGAGUCCUUCACUGACUCGUGUCUUUCUUCAGCCCUGUGCCGUGUCAAUGGCAUUAUGGGGGCAGAGAAUAGUGGUCUUAAAAAUGGGGGGUUUGUGUGCUCUAAAUGAUUUAUUAAAUGGCAAUUAUUUCUGCAUCCAGUAAUUCCAGACAAGAUAAGGAACAGCCAGGACCUUCCUCUCUCUGCUCCUUUUCCAAUAGUGAAGCAUAUGCAGCCUUUCUCUCCUUUUUCUCACUAAUUCACACAUUUCUCAUGGGCUUGAUAUUGUAUAUCCUUAACCAAUAUGUGAUAAUGUAAAAUAUAUUUUGUGAAAAUAUAAUGUAGUAUAAGACUACUGAAUUGGAAUACAGAAGAAAAUCAAGUGUUUUCACCUAUAAAUACCAAACCUUUUAUAUAAAAUGCAUGUAUUUUUGAAAAUGUUGACUGAAUUAUUUAUGCCAGUACAAUGAAUAGUAUCAAAUUUAGUUUACUGUUCUUAAAAUUUAGGCAAUGAAUGGCUUCAUAGGCUUCCUUUUGUGAAGUGUAACUUUUUAACUGUUUUCCUUGUUCUUGAAAGAUCAGUUUCAUCUAUGGCAUUAGGUAGCAUUAACUGAAUCUGCAUGUCAGCAUAUUUAUGGUUAUGUGUAGUUGGUAGCAAAUUGUCGUCGUCGUCUUCUUUCAGCUGCUCCUGUUAAUGGUCGCCACAGCGGAUCAUCUUCUUCCACACCUUUCUGUCCUCAUCAUCUUGUUCUGUUACACCCAUCACCUGCAUGUCCUCUCUCACCACAUCCAUAAACUUCCUCUUAGGCCUUCCUCUUUUCCUCUUGCCUGGCAGCUCUAUCCUUAGCACCCUUCUCCCAAUAUACCCAGCAUCUCUCCUCUGCACAUGUCCAAACCAACACAAUCUCACCUCUCUGACUUUGUCUCCCAACCGUCCAACUUAAGCUGACCCUCUAAUGUCCUCAUUUCUAAUCUAUCCAUCCUUGUCACACCCAAUUCAAAUCUUAACAUCUUUAACUCUGCUACCUCCAGCUUUGUCUCCAGCUUUCUGGUCAGUGCCACCGUCUGCAACCCAUAUAACAUAGCUGGUCUCACUACCGUCCUGUAGACCUUCCCUUUCACUGUUGCUGAUACCUGUCUGUCACAAAUUACUCCUGCCACUCUUCUCCACCCAUUCCACCCUGCCUGCACUCUCUCUUUUACAUGCUACAUAAUGAAUUCAAUGCUACAUAAUUGAUUUGCAGAAAUGCAUAAUAUUUAAUAAUCUGUAUUGCAGUGCCUUGUAGCAUGGAAAAUGUGGUUCUCACAAAGGCACAGCCCUGUCAGUUACUGUAUGUAGUGAAAUGAUUCUUACUGACUCAAACACAGCAAAUGCCUUAAAGGUAAGGAUUCUCUUUUUCCUUUUCGAUAUCGGUCAGUCAUCAAUCAGUCUAGAAUGGAGUGAUUGUUUACUUCAGGUAAAAACCUUUAAAUUGCGUAUAACCUUUUACAUGUAGCAUUUCUAUUGCAAUGUUUAGGUGAAUGUUUUAGUAGUUUUUAAAGUAUACUUACUAAAUUGGGAACAAUUAAACUACAUAUUAUUUGAAAUGAUGAAUUUGGCCUUCACAAGUGACUAUAUUGUGGUAAUUGGGCUAUUUUUGUCUUUCAGGUACUCAAGUACAAUUCCUGUAUACAUACAGAUUGAAUUGAAAUGGGUGUUACAGCAAUGUAUUAGUAAAUAAAAAUGUAUGCUUUUUUCACUUCAGAGCACUUAGUCGUUUUUAAUUAUUUGUGCACUUGCUGAAUGGUUUCUAACUAGACACGACGUUCCCUUGAAGAUGAACUGCUAUGGUUGUACGCUGGAGUUUUUUUUUUUCAUUUUUACUCCACCUCAUGAAUACAGGGGGUACAGUAGAGGCAAAACGCAAGAUAAAUCAACAGAGCUAAGCAUUCCUAUGACAUGCUGUGGUCAUAUUGGUGUGUUCAUAAGCCAAUUUGGCUGUAGUUUGAGUGAACGUGGAGAUAAUGUGUUGGUAUUCCUAAUAAAAUACCUCACACUCUGCAUUGUUUUCUUUUUCACAAAAAAGUCUUCAUUCAUCAAAAACAUCCUGACUGCUUCUGACCGACUUGUUGGGACAGAACUCGGGCCAAGAAUUCUGGAUAUGGACAAGGAUGAAGUAACACACACAAUUGGAAAAUUAGACCAAAGUGGAGAUGAUGAAGAUAUUGAAGAAGUCAUGUCCUCCUUGUUAUUUACUUUUGACUGCAUGAAGGAUAUGCUUUCAUAUCUUAAUGAAAUACGGG